AUGUCUACGAAUGGCAUAAUUACCAUACAUCGAUAUAGACAUGUCUUGGGAAUAAUUGUUUUCCUGCUGAUAGCUAGGCACUUAUUUUGGAUAUUGACAUUUGGUGUUCUUCCACUUAUUGGUUUCUUUCUUUUUACCACUUUGGCUACAACAUUACCUGAUAUCAAUCGACCUGUGGAAAAACAUUUAAAAAGAGCUCAUACCCCAGAAACUAACUCUUUUUCAUCCAUAAAUGAACCAAUUUUCGAAAAAUCGAGUAAAAUAAGUAAGGAAUUAGAAAAUAUUAUUGAUUUAAUCUUGCGGGAUUUCAUUAAUUCUUGGUUCACAAGAAUUGAUCCUAAUGAGGAUUCUAGUUUCCCCAAAGCAAUCCGUUGUCUUCUUAGACUUGCUGUGAUUAACUUGCAAAAAAGAGUUGCUACAGAGGAUACUUUAGAAAAUCUGAUAUUGAAAUUACUUCCAUUGUUUACGAAAUAUGUGAAUACAUAUUGUGAUGCUAGAGAAUCUAUAUUAAAUGAUCCUACCUCGCAAAAAGCUUUGCAAAAUAAUUUUGAAUUCCAGUUGGCUGUUGAAUUCAAUAAAAAUUAUAAGUUACAUAAGGCAAUUCCCCUUAGAAGUAAUGAAUUGGACAAUGAUAUUGGGAAAUAUUUGAAUGGCUUAUCUCAACAGUUACUAUCUGAAAUAAUUGACGAAAAUGAAUUGAAAUCACCAUUUGUUUCAAUCCUAUUAAGGGAAAUCAUGGAUUCAUGUAUAUUCAAUCCGCUAGUCUCUAAAUUUACUGAUCCUGAUACUUGGAAUCUUAUCAUGAUUUCGAUUGGUGAGAAGAAAAUGAAAGAAAGAACACAAGUGAAACAAAUACGACGAAUCCUGACAAAAGAACUACAAGGUCAUUCCACAUCAAAUUCUCCCACAAAUGCCCGUGUAAAUCUCACGAACAUCAAGCUUGAUUUAAAGCCAUCAUUUACAGGUGAACAAUUUGAAAUGUUUUUAAAAGAAUUAAGUUCAAUGAACUCAAUCACUGAAUUGAGGGCGAAUAAAUUUAUACUAAUGACCAAGCUAGUGGAGUUAAGGAAGAAUAUAGAUAAUUCCCAAAUAGAUUGUAAAUAUAAGGAUAGAUUAUUACUUUCAUUAAAGCUUGUUCAAUCCAAACUGCUGCAUAACGAUAUGAUCAACAAUCGCGAAGCGAACAAGAAUGAUAAUAUUGCAAAGCAAUUAUACACUUUUCUUAGUGAUGAAGAAAAUAUCCUUGAUGAGUUCGAGUCAUUUAUUAGGGCAAUUUCUUUUGAUUUUGUUUCCUCUGAUAAGUUAUGUUUGAAUGAGUUUAAGAAGUAUUUGUAUACUUGUCCAGACAAAAAGGGAAUUACUUUACUGAAAUAUUGGGAAAUUGUUGAAUCUUCGAAAAAUCCCCUUGAAGAUGUAUCCUCUAACGAAAUAUUAUUAGAAACAACAUUCGUAAGCAGUACCGAAAUUAGAAGUAUUUACAGUGAAUUAUUUCAAGAUGUUGAUUUACAGAUCAUGAAAACCUUGGAUAAAGGAUUAGUAAGUAAUGUAUUGUUAUUUUUAUCUACUUCUAAUAAUGGCGAUGAGCAAGCAUUAGUUUUAGCUCGGAGAAGUCUGUUAUUAUUACAGAAGGAAGCUGAGAGGGUAUUACAAUCUGAAUUUUUUGAGAAGUUUAAAGAAAGCAAGGUGUUUCUACAAAUGAUUUCUUCAAAUGAUUUUACUAAAACUGAUAUUUACACUAAAUUCUUUACAUCAGAGAAGGCACUGGACCCUAUGACCCCAAAUACACAUACUACCAACGAUACCUUUGAUUCGGUACGAAUACUCACGAACCCUGAUCUUAACGAAGCCCUCGAGAAAAUUGUGAAUGCUCCUUCUCUUGAAGAAACGGACAGAAUUCAUGGCAAUGAAGGUCACAAUGGUAAAGCAGUAAAGAACACCCUAAAAAACGAGAAGAGCAUAUUCGAGGCAGAGAUCCAAACUAAUCGGACUGAAUCAUUUAAUGAACUUGAACUUCUUAAUUCUGAGUUCAACGUUGAAAACAGUGAGAUUGUAGAUAAUCCAGAGCAUGGAUUCAAUAUCAGGAAGCUUCAAAAAAUGAAACGAAAAUUUUCCACUAUAAGUGACAAAAUUGCUCAAUUAACUAUUUCAAUUGAAGAAAUAGAAAAGGAGUUAGAAUUGUUAAAUUAUUUAGUUUUGAAAGCCGAACUAACGAACAACCAAAACCAAUUAAAAUUAUUGAGGAAGUCCCAAAAGGCCUUAUUGAGAGAAUUAAAGAACGAGGAAUUAUUGCAACAGCAAUGUUUGAUUAAAAAAGACGCCAAUGCAUUAUAUAGACAGACUAAAGUUUUUAUUAAAUCCUUUUAUUUGGAACAUCGUACAAAUAUUAAUAAUCUGGGAGAAACUGCAUAUUACCUUAUUGAUAUCGAACAUUGUUACAAUGGACACACUACAACUUGGGAAACAGGAAGAAGAUACAACGAAUUCUUCAAACUGAAUGAAUAUUUGAAGAAAUAUUACCGUUCUCAAGUCAAAUUUUUACAAAAGAACGAAAUGUUCCCUUCCAAAAUUCCAAUGUCUUUCAAAUAUCAUAUCAAUCCAUACUUAUUAUAUGAAGAACGACAACAUAAGUUGGAAAUGUAUCUUAGGGCACUCUUAAAUAUCCCUGAAAUAUGCCAAGACAGUGUUUUUAGGGCAUUCGUCAUUGACAAAGCGAUGGUUGACAUUUAUGGUAUGGAUCAACUUAAUCAAAGUACCAAUGACAAUAGCACAAGUAAUAGCAGCACUCAUUCAAUUCCUACGAUGAAAAAUCUGAACACAUCAUCAAUGUCAUCGAUUGCUUCAAAUAGUUCCUCUGGAUCACAAGUUGCAUUGUAUGAUCAAGUACAUUCUAACCCUCCAGCAGAUCAGAAUAAUCAAAUAAAUGUAGAGGACUUGGAAGAUGGAGAAAACUAUAAAAAUGAUGAGUUUCACCCUUUUCAGAAUGAUCCUAUGAUCCGUCAUGAAAGCAAACCCAUCGUGAAAUCCAUAUGUAAUCUAUUCAUUUCAGUUUUCCAAUUAAAUAGAAACAAUUCUAAUUCGAAUUGGUUACGUGGGAAAGCAAUAAGUACAGUUCUUCAGCAGUUGUUAGGAAGUACUAUCGAAAAAUAUAUCAAAAUAAAUAUCGAAGAGAUACGUUCUGAGGAGGGAAUAUAUGAAAUGUUGGGAUUACUAAAAAAAUCAUUAUGGGGUGUCAAUGGAUCGAUAACGAAAAGGAAAACUGAACCUAUAAGGCCAAUCCGAACACCAGGUGAAAAGACAAGGACACGCUGUGAUUCACAGGUCGUUUUACAAUCAUUGUUUAUUGAAUUAUGCGGCAAAGUGGUUGGAUUGUCGAAUUCAAGAGAUGCUGCUAUAAGGGUCCAUGGCAUGUUACAAAAUCGAUACUUAUCUUGCAGCAUGAUUUUAGAAAUGUUAGAUAUAUUUUUCCUAGAUGUGAUUAUAAAAGAGAAUACGACAGAGGCUUAUCACGAUUGA